UACCCUGGCCGAAGCGAGCAGACUGGAGCAGACGACGGGCCGCCAUUUUCUGAGAAGUUACGUGAGAGCGAUCGGUCGGGUAUCUCGGCAAGAAUGAUUAAUCCCGCGAGUUUGAUCACUCGACAAGCGGUGAGGAGGUUUACGACGAGUGCGGUUCGCAGAAGCGCACAUCACGAUCCCUACGAUGGUGUUCCCGGACAUAAUUUCCCAUUUAGUACAAAAAAUAGGCACGUACUGCUAGGAAUGUUCAUGGUUUUUUGCGGUAGUGGAUUCUCCAUUCCCUUCCUCUUGGUUCGCCAUCAGUUGAAGAAAUAAGCUUUUAAUUACCUGGCUCUAUACUGCACUAGUACCAUGUCCUGUAUAUCGAUGCUGCGAGCAUUGUUUGACUACACUAGGAUAACACAAUAGAAAAUGUAUGUGUUUAUAAUAAAGACAAUGAUUAAUGUCUAAUGUCUUUAAA